AUGGAAAAACCAUCCAAAGAAAAUGUAGAAGAGCCAGAGAGCGCGCCAAAGACCACUGAGGAACGUCCUUCCGUGGAGCCCUCUCCCGAGGAGGAGGAGGAGGAGGAGGAGCAGUCGUCGUCGGAGCAGUCGUCUGAGGAGCAGUCUUCGUCGGAGGAGCAGUCGUCGUCGGAAGAAGACGUCUUUCCUGAGGAACUCCUUCCUGAGCUUCUUCCUGAGAUGCUGCAUUCGGAGGAGCGCCCUCCUCGGGAGCGCCUUUCUAGGAAGUACCUUUUUGAGGAGCGGCCUCCAAUGGAGCAGCCUCCUUGUGGAGUAGGAAAACAUAAGCUAGAAGAAGGAAGUUUUAAGGAAAGGCUGGCCCGUUCUCGCCCGCAAUUUAGAGGGGAGAUACAUGGCAAAAAUUUAAGCAAUGAGGAGAUGAUAAAGGUAGCAGAGGAGAUGGAAGAGAUGAAAAGAGUAAGAAAUAAACUGCUGAUAAUGCACUGGAAGGCAAAACGGAACCGCCCUUAUCCUAUUUAA